UUGUGCGCACUUCCCGUAAAAGUUGUGGUCAACUUGAGCACUUAUAAUUUAUCGUUUUUUUCUCGCGAGCUGUCAAUUCAAACCAAUCAGUCAACGCUGACACUAACGCGAGGGCUGGAGAUGUGUUAAAAAGGUAAAUCAAAAUUCGUCUGUCACAUGAUUGGUGAUAUCACAUUGGUGGUGAGACAAGCCUGAGAACUUUCGACUUGUCCAGCGCGUUGGUAUGGAGAAACAGCCCAUUAUGAGCUACCCGAACCCAAACUACGGAGCGGCCAAUUAUGGUUAUCCUCCAGCAGCAGCAGCGGGGGCACCUGCAAUGUUCGCCCCACCCGCAGCAGAGGGACCCAGUGCUCCUCCAGCUAGCAUGUUUGACAGCAUGCCUGGCUAUGAAGGAACUAUUGCAGGAGGAGGAGGUGGAUAUCUGCCUCCUCCAAUGCCUUCUCAGCCAGUCCCUCAGCCUCAACCUGGGCCUGAACAACCACAUUGGAAUAUUCCAUCUAUAAGUGAAGAUACUGCCCGGGACGCGUUUGCCCUGUAUGUGUCCAGCAAGUGCUGCUACAGUUCAGCUCCAGUAAAGGACGGCACUAUCACCAAUAUGGAGGCAUUCAAUACAUACAGGUACCGCCUGGAAACCUUUACUGAAUCAAGAUCUACUGAGUGGAGUCAUGAACCAUAUCAUGGCCAGCCAGUGGAUGCAUAUGUCCAAACACCUCCUGGGCCUUGGGAUAUUCAAGCUAAAUCCCCCAGUUUUUUUAUGGAUAGCAAGGAGAUUAUCAAGGUUCCCUGCACCUCUUCUCUCAAGAACUGCCAUGUUUGUAUGGGAAUGGGCCGAAGACCUUGCACACAGUGUGUCGGUGUUGGUAAUAAAGUUUGUUGGGUGUGCAAUGGAUCUGGUUUCCGCCACGGGGACGAUCGAUGUAACCACUGCAAUGGCAGAGGGAGGGAAAAUUGCAACCAUUGUCAUGGGCAAGGAUCAAGGCAAUGUGACACAUGUCAUGGAAAACAGCAGCUUCUGGUCUACAUCAAACUCACUGUGAAAUGGACCAACAACUGUGAUAACUAUGUUGUGGAACAGUCUAGUGGACUUAAGGUGGAUAACCUAAGCAAGGUGUCUGGCAAGGAGCUUUUCAGAGACUCUCAGUACAUGGUAUACCCAGUGGUGGGCUUCCCCGACCCUGCAGUAGUGCAAGCUGCGCAGCGUCUUGUCAAUGAACACCAGGCCAAGUACUCCCAGACAUCACGCAUUCUACAACAGCGUCAAACCAUAGAGCUGAUCCCUGUCACCAAGGUGACCUACUCAUGGAAAGGGAAAUCACAUAUUUAUUUUGUUUAUGGGAAUGAGUUCAAAGUCAAUGCAGAUGACUAUCCUGCUACCUGCUGCUGCACUGUAAUGUAAUUACAGCCAUUGUGUAUGAAGGUUUGUCUUCAUCCAGGCCACUGGAUAUCCAAAUAAGUCACCUUUACUGAAGAAUUAAGUCGUUUGUAUUUUUAAUUCUUAUUCUUGUAUACAUGCAUCACAGAAAGUCUGAUACAUAAUCAUAUCAUAUUACCCUUAAUCUCUUUUCCCCUUCUAAUUUUUUAAAUGAUCACAAGAAAAGUAUUUGUUUUCUAAAUACUAUAUUUUUGCAGCAAUAUUGUAAUAUGUAAUGUACAUUUUAUCGUUUAAAAAUUGAUUAUCUUGCUUUGCAGUAUUUUAUCGAUAUGAUUACAUUGUAUUUCUUU